ACACUUCUGGCAUAUAAACAGUGAAAAUUACAACAUAAACGAUAACUUAUCCCUGCUUUUGGAGUAACGUUUCUGCUACUCAGAGCUUUGGCUAUCUGUGGGAGUCUAAAAGGAGGUAUUUCCAGCAGGUAAUCCCAGAUCUAUCAGAGACAUAAGAACCCUGAUGUGGAAGGAGCAGAAAAAGUGGUGUAAAUAGUUCAGCUGCCAGCAGGCCACAUACAUCAUAAAUGUUGCUGAUCUACCUUCAGUGGAAUCGAUAAAGUCAGUAGGAUGCGGCCAACCAAGCAGAAGUUCUGCUAGCAGCACAACUCUCCUUUAAGACUCUCACUGGAGGGGGGAGUGAGAAAACAACAAGAAGAAAGCAGUGACUUACCCUUGCACAGAAUACACUUGUACCUUAUUCCACAAAGACUGCUCUUGAGAUACCAAAAAUAAUUUUAGAUCUCAUCUUAAUCAUUCAGUUCCUAAGAUAUCCCUAAACGCAUACUUGCGUCAACAAGAUCAAGGAAACAUUUCAAUAAUUUGCUUCCAGUUAAUCCUGUUGGAUGCUUUGCUUUCAUUUGGACAUAAGUCACUCGCUUCUGUUCAGCUCUUUAAGAUUAGUUUCAACAGUAAAAAUAAGAAGAUGGGACAAGAAGAAAAAGAGCCCCUAAAGGAAAAAUCCCAGUUUACUAUUAAAGGAUACAUUUUUCCAGGAAAACUAUGCAUCAGGAAGAGAAGUGCUCUAAGCUGUUUUUAUGUUCCUUAUUUACACUCUAUGCAAAUACAAAAUAUCUGGGAUCAGAGAUUUAAACUGUAAAUUUACUAUUCCAGUCACAAAAUAAUAUUUUAUAAAGAGUAAAAGAAUAAUAAUAAUUAAAAAACCAAAUCCCAGAAGUACUAAUUGAAUAGAGAGAGAAAGAUACCUGGUAGGACCAAACAGAACAAAAAGUCACCUUUUUCUUUCAUCAACAAUACAAUUUGAUUCAACUGGGGGGCGGCCUUCAAGCCAGAUGUUGCCCAGAUGAAUACAUGAAAUGGGUCGCAAAGAAACAGAUUUUCUGCAUACAUUGAAUUGCGACUCCAUGGCUCAGCAAGGCAUCAAAGUACGUCCUGUGCUGCUAAAGCGGAACAGCUUGGAUUCUGUGGAUUUCAAGAGGCAGCCCCACCAUCGCAGGAGUAAAUCGCAACAAGUCCGAUUCAAAGAUGAAGGAACUGACAAUCCAACGGUGGCAGAAUCAGAACUGGAGGCUGAAGCUGCUCAAGAACCAUGCGCCCUGGGUAAAAUGCAAACACCCCAACACAACAACCUGGUCAACGAUUCCCUCUGCUUCCCUCCAUCACACAAAGGAUUACAAAAUAUUGCCAUACAGACGUCUCCGAGCCUUAGGAAACACUGUCCAGUGUUUAAAAGGAAAAGAAUUACAACAAGUAAGUCCUUAACAGAAAUGCCACAGGAGUCUGAAUAUUCCAUUCAUGUCAAUGGCAAUUUUCCUGAACAGGACAUCAUUUCUUCUAGUCUUUCUUACUUAAGUCUCACUCGGCGGUUGGAUGAUGGGCCGAAACCAAAAACCACAACCGCCAGUGUGCUGUUUCAAAGGGUCCCUAAAGCACAAUGCAAUGGGCCUGUUUGUCUGGGUUCAGAUAAAAUUACAGUACUGGAAAAGGCAACAGUUUCUACACAGGUCCCUGAAUACACACACCUGAGUCCUACACAAGACAGUUUUGCCAUUUAUGGCCCAGAUACACAAACGGACUUAUGCAGUUCUGUUCAUUCUUCUACAGCUGUGAGACAAUCCAAUGAGAACUGCUCACUACAUGCAGAAUCAGAAAAAUCCCUCCCUCAUACAGCUCAUAACUGUAAUGAAGCUACCCUGUGUCAUAGUAUAUGUGAAAUAAAAAGCUGCACUGAGUUACCAGCACCAAAAGAUGAUACUAGUACUACGGAAAGCAUUCUAUCAUCACCUCAGUUACAAAACAGUCCAUUAUGCUCCUCUCUCAGUGAACAUAUGCAGCCAACACAGCAGAAAGCAGACUUUGGCCACAAGACACUGACUAAUGAUAACCAAACAGCGUAUCUCAUCAACAACACAUCAUUUUCUGUUCCUUCAUGUAAAACUGUAAUGGAGAAUAUUUCUUCCAAUACCGAAGUGCCACAGUACGACAACUGCUUAGAAGGCUUUUACAUAAAUGCCCAUCUCCCAGGAACUGAUGUAAAACCACAAAACAAAGAGAUUAAAGAAAUUAAUCAAAUUCAUUUGGCACCCAGUGAGUUGUGUGCCCUGCAAGACAGGCUCCAGUCCGUUGAGGAAUCUUUGCAGUCAAACCAGGAGAAGAUUAAAGUCCUUUUGAAUGUAAUUCAAGAUAUGGAAAGGGCCAGAGCCCUCAAUGAAGGGCGGAACUUCUACCGCACUGGCCAAGAUCUCAACAACUGCAGCACUUGCCAGAACACUGCAUGUAUCAUUUACAGUGUUGAAUAUGACUUCAGACAACAAGAAGGGAGAUUUCACCAGGUUCUGAAAACCUUAGAUGAAGUAGAAGAGAGCCCUCCUGUGGUGCCCCUACAAAGACAGCCAUCUGAUCACCCACCCAUCACUGAGAAGCAGGAAGUAAGGAGAAAGACAAAGAAGAAGAAAUGUUUCUGGUGGAUUUGAAUGCCUUAAACACAGGAUUGUUGUUCUUAUGUGCUGUCAAGUCAG